AUGGCGCACCUCAGAGGGUCCGGAGAUUGCGAUACGGUGUCCAAGAAAUCUGAUGCCACAGCUCUUCAUAACAAGGAACGGAGUCAGAGAAUUCCCUCUCGAAAUAUUCUGUCAAUUGGUGAUGAAUUUUUCAGAUCUAUAAAAGAAGUGAAACGACCUCCCACCUGCGCCAACUGUGGUUUAACUGGAAAAAACCGCUGCUCCCGCUGUCAUCAGACGUAUUAUUGCUCAGUGGAGUGCCAGAAGCAAAACUGGAAGGCUCAUUCUGUGGUCUGCAGGCCCAUCUCACCUAAAGAACCGAAUGAUCAUAAACCCCUGAGUGGAGCAGAGAGUGUGAGCGGGGACACAAAGGCCAAAACUUCCCAUGUUCCUGAACCCAAGAAUAAAGUGUUACAUGGAAGGAAGGUUAUGCUUUGUGACCUAGAGGAGAAAGUGCUGAGUGCAGGGACACAGUUUCAGGGUUAUGUAAUGGAGUAUACAAGCCCCAGUGAUUUCUUUGUGAACAACUUUGAUAGUCAAUCAGUGGAUCAUCUCAUGAAAGUGACAAGGUCUUUGCAGAAUUUCUAUUCAGACCCAAGUAACAUUAGGAAAGGCUACACUCCUGACACAGGGGAAGUCUGCGUAGCAAAGUACGAGCCGGAUCCGAUGUCUGAUUGCCUUAAGCAAUGGUACCGAGUGCUGGUGUAUAAUGUGGAGAGGAGCGUGAGAACAGCACAGGUUCUGUAUCUGGACUUUGGAAACAAAGAAACCGUCACCCUGGACAAUGUGCAGCCGUUACAUAGUGAUGUAGAACUGCUCCCCCCAUGUGCUUUGCAUUGCUCUUUGGCCCAUGUCGCUGCCCCUCCUUUUGGCUGGUCCACAGAAUGCCUUUCAGAAGUCAAGCGUCUCCUCGUAGGGCACAAGCUUUUAAUCCGCAUCAUCGAUGUUGUUCAAGGGGAUAUUCCGCAUUACUCGGUUGAUGUGUCUUUGGUUGAUUCAGGGGAGCACAUGAAUAAAAUAAUAAUUGAGAAGGGUUAUUCAUUCCCGCCACUGAAAGACGAUGGAAAAGAUGAGGAUCCAGAGACAGUUCCAAGAUUGGUGACACAGACAGAAAUGCCGGACUUGAUGCCCGAGGAUGUCUGCCAAGAUGGCGCUGCUCCAAAACCAGAAGACUUGUCCUCAUCUCUCAGUGUGGGAGACCACUUUGAAACUCUCAUCACUGUCAUCCACAACCCUGAGAUAUUUUUCUGCCAACAGGUGCAAAAUGCAAAACAACUCUCAGAUCUUAUGCUUCUGAUGCAUGAACAUUACAGCACUUCAGCCGCUGCUCCUGAGUUUUUACCAGCUCCCGGGGCAAAAUGUGCUGCACAGUUCACUGAGGACAAUAAUUGGUACAGAUCCAGCGUGCUGAGACACCUGGCAGAGGACUCUGUGCUCGUCAGAUACUUAGAUUUUGGAAAUACAGAGACUUUGCCGAUAUCAAGAGUUCGUGGUAUUGAGCCCAGUCUCUUAUCCUUACCUUUCCAAGCUCUGGAGUGUUGUCUGGCAGGCGUGAAACCUCAGUCGGGCAGCUGGACCUCAGAAGCUACAGAUGCAUUUAAGACUCUGGUUAUGAAUAAGCAAUUGACCGCCUGUGUCGUGGCCAUUUGUGACAGAGUCUUAACUUUAGAGCUGAUUGAUAAAUCUGUCACACCGAAUAUCUCCAUUUCCAAACACCUCCUUGAGGCCGGCCUGGCAGCGCCCAGCACACCGAAUUGUGAGUCUCCUGCGGCUGAAGAAGCCAGUCAGCUCGAGGACUAUCUUGUGCAGUUCAGGCGGACGGCGCUUCCUAUGGGACAAGAGACGGAAGUAGUAGUGUGCAUGCUGCAACACCCUGGAGAAUUCUUCUGUCACAUUAACAACCAGACAGCUUUACAGCUUCUCAAUAAGCUGAACAUAACCAUUGGACAUUAUUGUAUGCAGCAUAAAUCCGAGGGAUAUUACCCAGCGAGGGAAGAGAUCUGUGGAGCGUAUUAUGCAGGGGACGGGAACUGGUAUAGAGCCCAGGUGAAAGACGUUGGUCCAGGAGGCUCUGCGAAGGUCCAGUUUUUGGAUUAUGGAAACGAAGAAGAAGUGUCUGUGGAUAAAUUGUGCAAAAUACCCUCCAGCUUUCUAGAACUCCCAUUUCAAGCCAUUUGCUGUCGUUUGUCUGGAGUAAAGCCAGCUGGAGAAAACUGGAGUGAAGAGUCUGCCAAAGCAUUCCAGAAAUCUGUCGUAGGAGUAAAGCUGCUGGCUAAAGCUCUUGACCGCACAAAAGAUGGCUAUUCUGUUGAGCUAGUGGCCAAAGAAAGCCGUGCAGUUAUUGCCAAUGAACUAAUUGCCAUAAAAGCUGCCAUCCGAGAUGACAAAUCCGUAAAGGAGAAGAUCGACGUAAAUAAUAACAAGGCCCUCAGGUCUCCAAAAGAUCCAUCACUAACCAGUAAGAUACUUCCUGUCUGGAACUCUAACGAAGGAGCCCUAACACGCAUGGAGUCACCAAGUCCUGUAGACUGCAGCAGUUUUCCUUCCGGACAGUUGCGCCCCUUACGGUCAAUUCCAUUAAUUCUGAGAGAUGCACUCUCUGCCUUACCUAAGACAUCUAAGGAGCCUUCUUCCCCUAAUUUGCGUAGAGACUUUAUCUCUGAUCAACCAGAUGGGAGAGAUCGCUCCAUUAGUGCUCCGAAGGAUGUGUAUUAUCCCAAAUCCAUCCCUUUCGCUGCCAUGGACCCUACUUCAUCCUCACACGGAGCAACUCAUUCUAAUAACUCAUCAACAUCGAGCCCUAAACAAUCUCAGAACCGUAAAUCCACCUCACCAAUUCAAAACGAAGCACUCAUUAGAAACCCUAUCCCUUCAUCCCAUAGGGGGGGUUUAAAUGAGCUUAGUUCCUCCAGUGCUUCAGCAUCGGUGGGCAGGGAAAUUCAUCCAAGUAACUCGUCUCCAUCAUCUAAGAACGAAAUGCACCAAACUAAAUCCAUCCCGGCUGCUUCUAGGGAGUUCCCUAAUUCUACUUCAUUGAUGCCCAGCAAACCUCAUGCAAGUUUAUCUGCGACGCCCAAAGAAUCUCCUUCCUGUGUCUCCCCUCCUCCUGUGCCUCCCCACCAUAUGCUCCAGGCGGCUUUUCCAGUGGAACAUUGUACACCAAAUUUCCUUAAUUUUACUCCAUCAUCUUCAAGCAACAUCCAGUCCAGCAACUCAUCUCUGACAACUCUCAUCCAACCGACUUCUUCAGGAGAAAAUGUAGCUAAUUCUGUUCCAUCAAAUGAAUCCUUGCAUGGGGAGGUGGAGAAACUUGAUGGUAAAUCUGUGAAUGGGCCUUCUGCAGCUAGUUGGGAUCUGCCAGGGGUCUCCAUUGCACAAACAUGGAUAUCUGUGGAUUUGCCUCUAAAUGAAGCCGUACCUGCCUGUGUUAUGAAGGUGAUCAGUCCAGACCUGUUCUACGUCUUCCCAAAAGAAAACAGAGUCGAUGUAAAGAAACUCCACCAGGUGAUGCUGGAAAUAGUUGAUUAUUGCAGCAAAGAGACAGAAAACCACAAUUACAGCCCAUUGGUGGGGGACGCCUGCUGCGCCAAGUUUACCGAGGACGGCCAGUGGUACCGAGCUGUUGUCCUUGAGGUACACGAUUCCUCAGCCAAAAUCAUUUAUGCUGAUUAUGGCAAUAUGGAGGUCCUACCCUUUUCAUCCCUUCUUCCCAUGAAGCAAAGUUUUCUGGAGUUUCCUGUGCAGCUGACGAAAUGCUCUCUUGCAGAUGUGCUCCCAAUUACUAAAUCAUGGCCACCAGAAGCUACACACACCCUGUGUUCUGUAUUACUGGGAGCUGAAGUUCUCAUCACAGCCAAGUCACUAGACGCUGGGGUAUAUCGCGUAUCUGUGGACAAGCAGCAGGAGAGUGGCGUCCUUCAUGUGGGUGAGAGGCUGGUGAUGGAUGGACUAGCAAGAAGUGUGAUAUCCAUGACUAACAGCUGUUCAGAGGGAAAUGACUGCUGCUGUCGAGAUCUGCUGAAAAGAGUGGAGAAACUGGAAAAAAUGAUGCUGUAUCUUCUAAAUACACAAAAAUUAAAGCAAUGAAGCCGUGCUCUAAGUCAGCACAAAAAACUGUUUGCACUUCCAAAAACACCUUCAUUUCUAAAGCCGGUUCACAUGCCACGGUCCGCAGGUUUUUUUUUGUGUGCGUUUCAGAGAACAGUCCAGUCAUAUGUAAUGGGGCGAAAAAGUAAUGAAUCACUGUGUAAGGAAAAGAUAAUUACUGUAUAAUGUGUGGAAAGAUUCUUGUUUAUAUGUUGAUGCUGAAAACUCUCUGACCCUGCCGUCACAGCUGAGGGGCUUGUUACAGUGUGCGACUGCAGAUACCAGCUAUCGGCCUUGGAGUCCAGGACUCAGGUUUGUACAGUUGGAUUAAACUCAAGGUAUUGCCUUUACUAAAAAUGCCCAGAACGGGCUGGUUUUGCGGCUUCAUCGCUGGCAGGAGCACAGCUGGUCUUCCCCUGCUUUCAAAAGUUUUGCAUUGCAAAAGUUAAAAACCGCAGGUAGAACCUGCAACAUAAAUUGACAUGCUGCAGAUGUAAAGGCCACAGCAGAAGUGGGUGUAAGCUGCAGGUUUUCUGUACAUGAUUUCUGAAAAUCUCAUCCACUUGGCUGCUAUUUUACAACGGAUUCACUGAACGCAAAUGUGUGAACCCACUGUGAGGGUCUGUUCACAUGUAGUGGAUACAAUGCAAAUUUGUCUCUGUGUAUUUGUGUGUGGCAAAACUGCAGUGUUGUACAGUACCAGCAAAGAGGGUGGGAUUUUAAGAAAUCUUAGCCACACGCUACGUAAAUUGACCUGCAUUGCACAUUUCUUUAAUCCUCAGAUGCCGACUUCUGCUUCGGAUUUCACCAUAGGGGGGGAUUUUCUGCAAAUCCACACCAAAAUCAGCAACUACUCCACAGCAGAAAAUGCUGUAUGUAUUAUUAGAGAAAAUCCUGCUGCAGAUUUUGCAGCGUAUUCAGAGUAAGCUCUGCGGCAUUGCAAAGGGUGAGAUCUGCGGCAUGAAUUAAGUUGCUGCAGAUUUCAGAAGUUUACUUUAUGGAAUGUUUUCUCAGAGUGUGAAUGAGAUUUCUUACUCAUCCAGUUUUACUGGUACAGUGCGACACUGUGGAUUUACCGCACAGAAAUCUGCAGUGUCUGAACAUCCCCAGAAGGACUUGUCUGCCUGUGUAAGCCUACUUUCACACUCGCGUUUUGGCUUUCCGUUUGUGGGAUCCGUUCAGGACUCUCACCAGCGUCCAAAACGGAUCAGUUUGCAUUCUAAUGCAUUCUGAAUGGAUAAGGAUCCGCUCAGAA